AAGGCAAGCAAAGUAUCGGAUCCGGACUAAUCAAGCCACCCAAAUCUGCAGAUUAAUUCCCCACCCCCCAGCCCCGCCGGCCGCGUCAUGCUCCGGCCGUUCCCCUGCCCCCACCGCACGCCCGCCGCCGCCGCCGCCAGCCCGCCCCCCGCCGCCGCGGCCGCAGCCAUGGCGCCGUCCUCCUCCCGCUCCCACUCCCACUCCGGCGGCGGGGGCGGCGGCCACGUCUCCCUCUCCCUCUCGCCUUCCUCCUGCAGGCACACCCCCUCCUCGGCCACGCUCGAUCUCCUCAUCCUCCUGCUCGUGCUCUUCUCCCUCGCCUUCCUCCUCGCCUCCUCGCUCGCCCACGUCUCGCGCUCGCUCUCCCCGCUCCUCGCGUCGCCGCCCGCCGCCGCGGCGCUCGCCUCCGCCGCCGCCGCCCUGCCCUACUUCGCUGCCGGCCUCCCCUACGUCGCCGCAGCCGCGGUGCUCGCCACGGCCGCCUUCCUGUCCUGCCGACGCCUCCCUCGCCGCCGCUGCCGCAACCCGCGCUGCCGCGGGCUCCGGAAGGCGCUCGAGUUCGAUGUCCAGCUCCAGAGCGAGGAGGCCGUGCGGGCUGGCGGGGGGAGCACCGUUGGCGGCGCUGACGCCGCCAUGUGGCGCGAGAUCGAGACCUUGCCGUGGAAAGGGGGCCAGAGCGGGAACAAUCCAGACUACGAGUGCCUUCGCGCAGAGCUCCGCCGGAUGGCGCCGCCCAACGGCCGCGCUGUCCUGCUCUUCCGCAACCGCUGUGGCUGCCCGGUGGCCAAGCUCGAGGGCUGGGGCACCCCCAAAAGCAAGCGGCGGAAUAAGAAGGGCACGCAAGGUUCUUCACUGGACGGAGGGGUGCGAUAAACAAAAAUCUGUUAAACAGUGCUGCCUAGGCUGCCAUGGAAUAUUUGUUGAAUAAUACUUCCAAUGAAAGAUACAUCAAUUACAAGUGGUUGCACCAUAAUUGUAUUGUUAGACGGGGUUCGCUGAAUCUCAACAGAAAUACCGAUAUGAGACAAACAUUGCAAUAAUAAUAGACUGUCAAAGAAAGAAAAUAAAACGUUGGAGAUGUACCAGUAUUUGUCAUGUUGCCCUUUUGCCUCUUUUCCCUGAAUAAAUUGCCCCCCAGUGUGUGGAUGUUUUUCA